CUUCAAGUAAAGGAGAUCUGUGUGGGCUUCCUGUUCUUGUGAAACUAUUCAUCUGCUGGGGAGACACCUAUGGGACAUUCAUCACUCUGAAAGGGGGCUUCUCUCGGUGCAUGCUGUGUGCAUCAUUCUCCAGCUCAGGGUUUGACUAAGAAGGAGACUCCAUCCCCCCAGCCAGAGGAUGCAGCUAGGAGAGCAGAUACUGACCAGCUCUGCUCCCAACCUGCCCCACACUUUCUACCCUCUGCCUGGAGACCCCAGCACUGCUGCUCAGAGCCCAGGCUUGGAGUUCGGCGUGGGGCAACACAAGGGGCAACAACAGCAGCAGCAGCAGCAAAAGAAAUACACCAGAGGGCUCCACUUGGACAGCCCCAGAGACCCUGGAAGCACUGGUACAGCUGCCCCCUCUAUGCUGGGAGAGGUUGGAGAAGGCUUCACAGCCACCAAGACUCUGCAGGAAAGUGGACGUAAAGGAACCCCAACAGGGGAGGAGGACAUGAACUCAGUGGCCCCAACCUCAGCCCCCCGUUACCUGGACAGCAGCCUGCAGGCAGCCUCUGAGAGAUACUACCUGCAAGGCCAGGGUCAGCAGCCCCAACAGGCAGGGGCAGAGCUGGGCUCCCCCUGCUCCAUCUUCCCCUAUGCACCACCCCAGCACAGCGCCGUGUACCAAGCAGGGGGUGCAGCCAGGUACCCCCCUUAUGGCAGCAUGCUGCCCCCUGCCGGCUUCUCUCCUCCUGUGUGCCCCUCUCGCCCUCAGUACCCCACGGGGUACCAGUAUGGGCAGGCACCGGCCACCAUGUACAGCCCUUACCCAGCAGCGGGCUCUAACAGCGGGCUGAAUGCUCUCGGACUGCCGGCCAGUGGAGCUGGGGUCAGGGCGCAAGUCUUCCUCUGCAACCGCCCUCUGUGGCUCAAGUUUCACCGUCACCAGACUGAGAUGAUCAUCACCAAACAGGGCAGGUAAGGACUGGCAAAUUCACUGGGCAGCAAUCAGCUGUGUUUAUCAGUAUCUUUUAUAGUAAAACAUAGUAUGAUCUCUUAUAGUAUCUGUCAUAUUAUAUCUCAUAGUAAAACAAAGUAUCUGCCAAAUUAUACUGAUCUAGUAUAACAUAGUAUCUCUGCCAACCGAUCUCAUAGUAUAAACAUAGUUUCUCUACCAAAUGAUAACAAAGUAUUACACCGUGUCUAUACCAACAGAUCUCUUAUAGUAAAACUGUACUACAAAGUAUCUCUAUGAACUAAUAAUAAUUUGCAGAUGUACAAAGUAUCCUUGUCUACUGAUCACUUACAGGUUAAGUAAAAAUCUCUGAUGUCUAAUCACUUAUAGUUUAACAAAGUAUAUCUGGCUACUGAUACUAUAAAUCUAUUUUAGCAUGUCACCCAUUAAUGGAACAGGAUUUGGUUUGGUUCUUGCAUCGUAUCUACUUUGUGCGAUCGCUUUAUCCUGAAUUUAAUUAUUUAACAUUUAUAUUGGGUCUUAUUUACAAAACAAUGAGUUCUGAUCGCUUCAUGACUUAGUUUUAAAAUUGACACCAAUAUAGCAGAAAUAAUGAGAAAUAGUUACAGAUUUUGCCAGUUUCGUUAAAGUGGCUCAAAAUUGACAAAAUCGGCUGGCGAGGCAUCAUAACUCGCCGUUUAGUAAAUAUUCGCAGAAUCUACAGGCUCUUUUGUAAACACCUGAAUUUCUUUAUUGAUAGAUUUAGGACAUCUUCUUUUUUUAUUUGUUCUAGUAGAUUAAGAUUAUUGCUUAACAUGAAGGAUUUUCUAAAGUGGUUAUAAUUUGUUUUAGUGAUUCAAUCUUUAAACAAAUGACUCAAAGUUAAGGAAUAAAUUCAACUGACAUUUAUUUUUUUGUUGUUAACUAUUUAAUAAUAGCGGUGCCCUAGCUGCUAUAUCAUUUUUUAUAAGCUAUUUGUUGCUUUUUUGUUUGUUUCUAUAUAUUUUUUGUCCAGGUGUGUGUUUAUCCCUUUGUAAUAGCAUAUAUCCAGCAUAAUAUCAUUUUAUAAUGGGAUGUAUUUAAAUCCCACAGUGAGAUGAUGCCUGGGAAUGAAUGAGACCCCCUUGGUGUCUGUGAGACACUUUGGUUUUUGUGUCCGGUGAGACAAGAGGGCUGAUCAUUUAACCCAUUCAGUGCCGGGGUCUGCUUUUGAACAUCUAUCACCUUUGUAGCAACUGAAAGAUAAAAUUCAUGCCAAGCUGGCUAAUUUGGUGCAAUUUGGUUCCAGUAUAACUCUAUAUAAUAACUGUGUUUUUUUUUUUCUUUUAACUUUUUUUGUUAUUGUAUGUCUUUUUGCCUCUUUUUAUGUGAAAUAACACAGUGCAUUUUUUUGUAUGUUUUUGCAGGAGGAUGUUUCCUUUUCUCAGUUUUAACAUCACAGGGUUAAAUCCCACUGCCCAUUACAAUGUAUUUGUAGAAGUGGUUCUGGCUGACCCAAAUCAUUGGCGCUUCCAAGGGGGCAAGUGGGUGACAUGUGGCAAAGCGGACAACAACAUGCAAGGUUAGUGUCCUUCUCAGACUGAGCGUUCUAACUCUCAGCUCAUUUCUUACAAAUAUUACAUUCCAGAGGGAAACAAGAUAGAUAAACACAUGGGGUCUAAAUUUACAGUCAGAAAGACCUACAUACAGAUUAAUCAGGACAGACAAACAAACACAAUUGAUUAGUUCCAACAAUAAUAUUUCAACUGAAUAUUAUAAUAUCCAUUUGCAGAUCACAUGGAUAAAAGAGGUUAAUUCAAAUAAUUUAGCAUUAUUUAAGUAGAUUUUGGACAUUUUAUUUUUAUGUAUUCUAGCAGUUCAAUAUUAUUGCUUAACAUUGAGGAUUUUAUUUAAAGUUAUCAUUUGUUUCAGUGACUCAACCCUUAUACAAAUGAUCCAAGAUAAUAAAUAAUAAAAAAUUAACAAUAUAUACAUAUAUAUAUAAUAUUAUUAACUAUUUAAUAAAAUUAUCCAAAAUUAGGAACUAAUAAAUAUUGGUUCAAAACAAUGACGUCUGCUCGCUUCAAGACCGACUUUCAAAGUGUACACCAAUAUAGCAGAGAUAGGGGGGAGGGGGCUACAGCUUGUCUCAGUUUCGCCAAUGUGGCUCGAACUUUGCAAAAUCGGUUGGCAAGUCAUCAUAACUCGUUGUUUAGUGAAUAAUCUCCAGGCGUUUUUGUAAAUGUUUGAAACUGAUAUUCUCGAUAGUCUCUUUAUAGUUCAUUUCCAUGUAUUAGUUACAGACACAGACAGACAGACACAGACAGACAGACAAAGACAGACAGACAAAGACAGACAGACACAGACAGACAGACACAGACAGACAGACACAGACAGACAGACAGACACAGACAGACAGACAGAUAGAUAGAUAGAUAGAUAGAUAGAUAGAUAGAUAGAUAGAUAGAUAUUGCUAUGUAUUAUAUACAUUUACUUUACAUUCUUGUAAAGUAAUAUAUAGUCCAUCUCUAUAUGUCUCAGUUUAGUGAAUUUUUUUCUCAGUGUUUAGUAAAUAAGCCUCUGCAAAAUGCCCGGCCUAUAAUGUUUUAUUUUCUCCCUAUAGGUAAUAAAGUGUAUGUGCACCCCGAAUCUCCCAAUACUGGGGCACACUGGAUGAGACAGGAGAUUUCUUUCGGGAAACUGAAACUUACUAAUAACAAGGGGGCAAAUAACAACAACACCCAGGUAAGGAGCUACCUUGGACAGCUCUCAGUCCCCAUCCAUAACUGGGAUCCAAAUGUACAAAUGCAAGGCACACACAGUGGCCAGUAAUGGGUUAAACACUAGCAGCUGCAAUACUGCAUUACAAAUCCCACUAAAUGAAUACACUGUAUCGUCCUACAACAAAUAGUUUAACCUGUUAGUUCUAAAUCGGUUCAUUGCACCCAUUCCUCUUCUACACUCCUAAAUUAUUCGUUCAUUAGAACAAGAAGAUUAUUAAUGUGUCCCAUGCUGGAUGCUCAUAGCUCCCCUUAAUUACUGAUUAUUUUAAACAAAACUAAUAGCACUGUCACUGACUUUAUCUAAGGGAAUCAAUGGGUGUAAGUUAAUCCUCACAGUUUUAAGUGAAUCGGAUGGUUUCCUUGUAAGAAAUUAGUCUUAAAAGGAGAAAAUUAAAAAUAUAAUGUUUCAUAUUAUUUCUCCUUUCAGAUGAUUGUGCUGCAGUCCUUACACAAGUAUCAGCCUCGCCUGCACAUUGUUGAAGUGAGUGAGGAAGGGGUCGAAGAUCUGAAUGAUUCUGCCAAAACACAGACCUUUACCUUCCCAGAAACCCAGUUUAUUGCUGUCACUGCCUACCAGAACACUGAUGUGAGUGUCUUGACCUCCAGAAAAUACCUGCUUGCUUUGCAUAUCUGCAUUCCCUUUCAAAACUUAAUCAUGUAUAAAUAUAUUUUCAGAUUACUCAACUCAAGAUUGACCACAAUCCCUUUGCAAAAGGCUUCAGAGAUAACUAUGAUUCGUAAGUUGUUUUCUUAUUCCACAUCUCUAUGUUAAUGUAUGUGUUUUUAAGCUCUAUAUCUCUUAAUAUUUAUCAAUAUUUAGAGCUUGUAGAAUGAAAGAUUCUAUAAAACUAAAUAGAAAGGCACUGUGAUGUUUGAUUUCAAAAUAUUCAACUCCAAAACAGAUAUACAUAACAUAAGUUAAGAAAGACUGAAAGGUAGAGAGAGAGAGACAAAGAGAUAAAAAAAAAAAUAGUGAUUUAUAUAUUUUUGUUUGGCUAAACUAAGCUAUCACCGAAUUAACCAGAUACUCUUUAAUUAAAGUCAACAUAUAGUUGACUAAUUUUCUCCAUUUGUGAUGAAAAAAGACCAUUAAUAUGUAGUAACUGAAACCCUGUUGGAGGUUUAUGGACUAACGUUCUAAACUGGGAAAUCAACAUUUUUUAAAUCCAUUUAUAGAAUCUUGUACCAUUUUGCUUUUUUUUUUUUAAAAAUCUCCAAAAAGUGAGAUGACAAUAGUAAACAUGGGUGGAUUGAGUAGUACUAGCCAGUUCUCCUAGUGAUAUCAGACUUGUAUCUCUUUUUGUAGCAUGUACACGGCCUCAGAGAAUGACAGAUUAACACCAUCUCCUGCGGAUUCUCCUAGAUCCCAUCAGAUAGUGCCUGGGGCCCGCUACAGUGUCCAGCCUUUCUUCCAAGAACAAUUUGUCAACAACCUACCCCCUGCUGCCAGGUACUACAGUGGGGAGAGGACUGUACCCCAAACCAGUGGGCUCCUGUCCCCCCAGGGCGCAGAAGAAGUUGCCACUGCUCCACCACAGAGAUGGUUUGUGACCCCAGUCCAACAGGCCAAUGCCAACAAACUGGACAUGGGGCCAUAUGAGACAGAUUACUCCUCCAGCUCUCUUCUCACCUAUGGCAUCAAGUCUCUGCCUCUCCAAACCUCUCACCCCAUGGCCUAUUACCCCGAUGCAGCCUUUGCCUCCAUGACUGGGUGGGGGAGCAGGGGUUCUCCAUACCAGAGGAAAAUGACCACAGGUUUACCUUGGUCUUCAAGGUCAAGCCCACCUACUUUCUCUGAAGAUCUUCUAGCCAAGGAUAAGGUCAAAGAAGAAAUGAGCUCCUCGUGGGUGGAAACUCCCCCUUCCAUAAAAUCCUUGGACUCCAAUGAUUCUGGGGUCUACACAGGGGCAUGUAAGAGAAGAAGGCUUUCUCCCAGCACAUCUAGUAAUGAAAAUUCACCCCCUAUAAAAUGUGAAGAUAUUGCACCAGAGGACUAUAAAGAUGCGUCUAAGGGACUGGGCUAUUAUGCCUUCUACUCUAGCUCUUAAG